AUCCUUUAUACCAGAGGUAUUGAAUUAAAAUUCGAGGUCCAGUCACUAAAAUUUUCUUCUGGCCGAGGUCCGAGUAGGGUGUUCCCAUCAGUGUUCCCCCUUACAUUAGGUAUAGCCAUCAGAAUGCAACUUUACAUCAUGUAUUCCAAUCACAUCAGGAGUGUUACAUCAUUGUCCUCAUCAGAGUGCCCCUUUACAUCAUGUAUCCCCAUCACAUUGCCACCUUACAUCAGGGAUUCCCGUCAGAUACCCCUUUCUAUCAUAUUUCCCCAUCCGAGUGCCCUUUUACCUCAUAUUCCCCAUAAGAGUGCCCCUUUCCAUCACAUGUGCCCAUCAGAGUUCCCCUUAACAUAAAAUGUAUCCAUCAGAGUGCUCCUUCAUAUAA